GAUUUAUUUUCGAUAAUAUUUUGCCUAAACUUUAUAUAUCGCUUAUUAAACAAUUAAAUAAGUAUUUGGGGAAAAUGAAGGAGGGUUUUAUAACAAUCUGUGGUGGACCCACUCAUAUAAUUACUUGGGGACGUUGGGUCGAAGAGCCUAUGGAUGAUGUGCCCGAACUUGUAAUUUGUAUAACAGGUAAUCCCGGCUUAGUUGGUUUUUAUACAGAAUUCCUUCACUUGUUAUAUGAGCAAUUGGGAAAGAAAAUUCCGGUUUGGAUAAUUGGGCACCUGGGUCACGAAGAACCUACAAAGGAUAGCAAAACAGAAGUUCCAUGCCUUCAAGGAAAUGAAAAAAUAUUUGAUUUGAAUGGACAGUUACAACAUAAAAAGGAAUUCAUUCAACGUUUUGUGCCAAACAAUACGAAAAUUCAUUUAAUCGGUCAUUCAAUUGGGGCAUGGAUGGUGAUACAUUUGUUAGAGUGUCCGGAUAUUCGGCAGUCAAUUAAAAAAUGUUACCUCCUUUUUCCAACAAUAGAGCGAAUGAUUGACUCGUCGAACGGUUGGAAUUUCAAUAAUAUUGGAAUUCCGCUAUACAAAAUUCUCGGAUUUGUAAUUCCAUUGUUUAAUCGGUUACCAAAAUACCUUCAAAUUUUUGGAGUACAAAUAUAUUUUUGGCUCUUGAACAUACCGAAGGCAUUUAUUGAAACCGCUUUAGAAUAUUCUAAAGCUCCUGUGAUGGAAAAAGUAAUAUUUUUAGCAAAAGAUGAAAUGGCUCGUGUACGUGAUUUAGAUCAAAGCUUAGUGGAAAAACAUUUACCAUUAUUAAAGCUAUAUUAUGGUACGACAGAUGGUUGGGUGCCAGUUGAAUAUUAUAACGAAAUAUGUUGCAAAUUUCCUGACAUUGACGCUGAAUUGGAUAAAGAGUCUAUAGAUCAUGCUUUUGUCUUAAGAAACUCUGAUACAAUGGCUCGUAUUGUAUGUAACAUGAUUAAAGAACAUUCCGACUUAUUGAAAUGAACUCGUAUAUAUACACGUUUGUAUAUAUACGUAUUUUAUAUUUUUUCUUUGCCAUUAUAACGUAGCUAGAACAAAUUUUGACAUAUUAAAUAUAUAAGUUGAAUAAACUUUCCAAUAUCCUUAUGA